AUGGCCGACUUUAUUGGUAUGACCAUCAGUGUCACUCUGCUGCAGCCUCCCGGUGCAGUUCUGAUAGGUCGCGUCGCCCACGUUAUUGCUGGCCAGACACUGGCUCUGGAACACGUCUUCUUCCCGCAAUCUGGCAACCAUGUGCCUUCCUACAACGUCCCCGCCCACCUGAUCCAGGACCUACACGUCGUCGAGACCAACUUUGAGGCCAGCUCCAAGCCCACUACUCCUGCUGCCAACAUCUCUGCCUCGCGCGGCGCCGCUGCUCAAUUCCCUGCUCCUCUCCAUAUCCCUGCUCAGGAAGCACGUGUCGAGAGCCCUCUGGCCAAAAAGACUCCCUCCUUUGUCGACCCUGCCAUCCUUAGCUUCACCAAGUCGCCUGCUCCAGCCCCUCGUAGCCAGCCACCGCCGCCUCCUCCAGCUCCCCAGCAGCCUUCUGCGCCUGUUACACCCAGCAAGAAAGCUCUAUCCGCCGCCGCCGCCGCCGCCGCCGCCGCCGUUCCACCAACAUCCACCUCUCCAUCCGUCGCUCAUGUCGCUGAGCCACUCGUCGCCCAAGAGCAGGACUAUGCCGACGACAAUGCUGCUCAAUCGGCCAAGAAGACAAGACGCGGAAGAAGAGGUCCAAGAACAACAACUCAAGUCCCUCUGACUGCAGCCACAGAGGCACAAAUUGUCAAGGAAACUCUGUCGCCCAAUGUAUCGCGCAACGGAACCGACAUGACCAUCACUCCCAGCACCAGCAAGAAGGGAUGGCGAUCGACCCCCCUACUCAAGGAAACCACAUCAGCCGCAUCUCUGAAGGCCAAGAAAAAGGCGAAACGUCCAGUCAAUGGACAGGCAGAUCAGAACGGCUGGGCUACCGAGGAAGCAACAGAAAUCCACGACAUGGGCGACUUUGACUUUGAAGCCAACCUGUCCAAGUUCGACAAGAGAACCGUCUUUGAUCAGAUCCGUAACGAGGACACGACCGCAGACGAAGAUAGACUGGUUUCGCACAACAGACUCGCACGACCCGGCACAUACGGAGGCAAGAACCUGCAUCCCACAGAGAACGUGCUAUCUCCGACACUGAAGCCCAAGCACCAUGGAAGCGAACGCGAAUCUUCAUCAGAUGCAGACACAGAGCUCAACUUUGGUAGCGGGCCCAACUCGAAGCGUGCACCUUCUCGCACAUCAAACAAGCGUCCUUCUCGCAUGAGCAACAGCGGCCUACCAGAAGAUAUUCUCCACCCCCUGGCCGCUUCGCUAGCUUCGACUGCCAUCAACCGCUCCAUGAGCUCCCUCAGAGGCUCUUCUGUUGUCGCUUCAUCUCCCAACCCUAACCGUGCCCGCUCUCCUCAAUCCAUACAAUCUCCUCUACAUUCACUAGACCAACUCAGCCUCGCUCAACAAGCAGCAGCAGCCCCUCGACCUCAUUUCAGGACGCCGAAAUCGAAAUACCCCUGCUCCCUCUACCACCCCGAUCGCCUAAGACAAGCCGAAGCUGACGCAAUCUCUAACAUCGGCAUCAGCGCCGACGCCAUCACCGAAAACGCCGCUCGCGGAAUCGCAGAAAGCGUUCUCACCAGUACACUCAAACCAGGCGCAUCCCGUCGUAACUCAAAGAUCAACAACCUGCCGAACUCAAAUUCCAAACCCGUAGUCGUCAUCCUCGCUGGCAACCAUGUCACCGGCGCUCGCGCAAUAGCCAGUGCACGCCAUCUCUACAGCCGCGGCUUCAAAGUCCUGAUUGCCGUACUCGACUUCUCAAACCCCAGUGUCUGGCACCCUCAACUCGCCAAACACAUCCAUUCACUGCAAGCUUUGGGCCGCAAAGCCGCUCGCAUAGAAGGAUGGCGCAGCACCUCUGGCCAAAUCAAAAAACUCGACGGGCCUCCCGUCAUCAUCGUUGAUGCGUUGCUGGAUGGCCAACGCCACGCCGAUAUACGCGACGAGGACUUACGCACCGAAGCUCGCGAAAUGAUCGAUUGGGCGAAUCGCUCGCGCGCUGGCGUGCUCAGUAUCAAUAUUCCCUCAGGCUUUGACAACGUAAACGGUGCUUCUAGCAUUGUUGACGGUGAACCCCUUGCCAUUCGCCCUGAAGCCGUGUUGGCGUUGGGAGUCCCGGUACUGGGGUUGCUGGAGGCAAUCAGAGAGGGCGAGGGUUCCGCUUGGACGAUUACGGCAAUCGAUACUGGUGUCAAUGUCGUCCUUGGCGAUCGCGAGAAGGUGCUGUUCGGAGCUGAUUGGAGCGUCAAUCUGAGGUUUGUGGGUGGAGAAGUGCAGGCUUAG